GUUAUAAGAUAAAAUAUUUAAUUCACAGUUGAGUAUUUUGAUGAUUUAAUUUACAUUUUUUCAACUGUUAAUAAUAAUUCAUCUUUAAUGUUAAAAAAAUCAUUAAAGAACUUACCAAAUAUUUCUAAUCUAUUUUGGAGUAACUCAAAAUCUAGGAUUUUUUAUUUAGGCCAAUCAAAAUAUCAAAACAAAAUGGUUAAUUUGUUAAAACAAUCAGAAGCAAUAAAUGUUGAUAAGGAAUUGUUUGAAGACUAUAAAUUUAGUGUUGAUCAAUUGAUGGAAUUAGCUGGACAAAGUUGUGCGAUAGCAAUCACUAAAACUUAUCCUCUUAUUGAAGAUCAAUCAAACCCUGUUCUUGUUUGUUGUGGCCCUGGAAAUAAUGGUGGAGAUGGUUUAGUAUGUGCUCGACAUUUGACUUUACUGGGAUAUAAUCCUGAAAUUUAUUAUCCAAAGAAAACCAGUAAUAAACUUUACGAAAAUCUACUCCAUCAAUGUCGAAAAAAUGAUAUUCCCAUUCUAGACGAUACGUCUGAUAUACAAGAUAAAAAAUACAAGGUUAUUAUUGAUGCUCUGUUUGGAUUCAGUUUCAAGCCGCCAGUUCGACAAGAAUUUAUUCCUAUAAUCGAUAUUUUAAAGAGCACAAAAAUACCUAUUUUCUCUAUUGAUAUUCCAUCUGGUUGGGAUGUUGAAAAGGGUCCCUCCUCAGAUGGUGGAAUUAAUCCUGAAGCUUUAAUUUCCCUUACAGCCCCUAAAUUAUGCUCUAAAUAUUUUAAUGGAAAAUAUCAUUAUCUGGGUGGAAGAUUUGUCCCAAAGAAACUUGAAGAAAAGUACAACUUGAAGCUUCCCAAGUAUCCGGGAACUGAGUUGGUAAUUUUAUUAUGAAUUUUUUUUAUCCAUUAUAUUUUUAUAUUGUAAAUGACCUAAAAACGUAUCAAUAAAAAAAUAACUAUAAUUCAA